GUGUUGUGGGCCCCACUUACUCACAUUGUUUCUUGAAGUUUCCUUUCUUUCAAGCCAAACAAAACAAGAUCUAUUCUCUCUUUCAUUUCAUUGCACUUUGUGGGCUCCAUCUGUUUUUGUCAUAACAAUAACAGGAAUUACAAAUGGGGAAAAAAGGGAGUUGGUUUUCUGCAGUGAAGAAAGUUUUCAGUCAUGAUUCAAGAAAAGACAAGAAAAGUAAGAAAUCAAAGAAAAAAAGUACUCAAAAGGACUUAGAAGUGGAAUCAGAAGAAGCACAAGUUGUUGUUCCACAAAUAGAAGAUGUGAAAUUAAGUGAGGUAGAGAAUGAACAAAAUAAACAAGCAAUUUCUCUUGCUUUUGCUACUGCUGCCGCGGCAGGGGCUGCUGUUGCUGCCGCUAAGGCUGCUGCUGAAGUUGUUCGUCUAACUAGCAUGCCUCAUUUCCCCGCAAAGACUAAGGAAGAAUUGGCUGCUAUCAAGAUUCAGACAGCGUUCCGCGGAUAUUUGGCGAGAAGAGCGUUGCGAGCCUUGAGAGGCUUGGUGAGGUUGAAGACAUUGGUACAAGGACAAUCAGUUAAAAGGCAAGCAGACAGCACCUUAAGAUGUAUGCAAACUUUAGCAAGAUUGCAGUCACAGGUUCGCGAAAGGCGAAUUCGAAUGUCCGAGGAGAAUCAGGCUCUUCAGCGCCAAUUACAACAGAAACAUGAAAAAGAACUCGGGAAGUUGCAAGCUUCUGUAGUUGGAGAAGAAUGGGAUGCUAGCUUGCAGUCAAAGGAACAAAUUGAAGCAAAAUUGUUGCAAAGGCAAGAAGCUGCUUUCAAAAGAGAGAGGGCUUUGGCUUAUUCAUUCUCACAUCAGAAAACAUGGAAGAAUUCUUCAAAAUCUAUGAACCAAACAUUUAUGGAUCCAAGCAAUCCUCACUGGGGAUGGAGUUGGUUAGAGAGAUGGAUGGCAACUCGACCGUGUGAAGGCGAAAGCAUCAUUAUGAAUCACAAUGAUCAUGCAUUUAUUAAGAGUUCUUCAUCAAAGCAUAGCCAUGUUCUUAAUUAUGAUAACAAACCUUCCCCAACUAGCCAAAAAUCAAGAAGACAAACCAUUCACAAUUCUCCUUCAACUUCAAAGACAAGGCCACCAAGCUCAAAGGGUGGCGAAAUUACUGACGACUCAAGAAGCAUGUUUAGUGCUCAAUCCGACCGGUAUCGAAGAUAUAGUAGCAUUGCAGGAUCAUCCGUUAGAGACGAUGCGAGCAUUGAAAGCUCGCCGGUGUUUCCUAGUUACAUGGCACUCACAAGUUCAGCAAAAGCAAAGUCCAAAUUAAUGCAAAGACAAUCACCAUCUUCAAUUUCGGCAAGGAAGAGGCUUUCUUUCCCUGCUUCUCCGAUUGGUUCAAGAAGGCAUUCCGGUCCACCGAAGGUGGAAAUAUAAGCACUAACAACUAUAGCACCAACACUUCAGAUUGAAUAUGUUUUUGAAGUCAAAUAUGUUCGAAUUAUCAAUGAAGAUUUAGUAACUUAUAGGGUUUGAUAGUUGUUUUUUAUUCUGUUCUUGAGCCUUCAUAUUGUUUGUGUCUUAAGGAGUAAACAUAGAAUAAUAGAAAUUGGCUUCUCACUU